CUUGCGGGGAGGGAGAUGAGCUCCCGGGCACCCCUUCCAGGAAGGCAGGAGGGAGAGGGCAGCACAGAGCCCCCCGAAGGCAAGAGCCACCCCUGGGCCCCGCAGCAGCACCCAGCGGGGAGAAGCCUUCCCCAGGGCUCGCUGCCCCACUCCUCCAAGCCGCUCACGUCCUUCCUCAUCCAAGACAUUCUGCGGGACGGUGCCGACCGCGGGGCUGCGGGGAAAGGGAGGAAGAGCCGGGGAUGCUGCGGUGCCUCUAGCCCGGAGCCUGCGCUGGACGGUGCAAGCUCCGCUCCCCGGGAGUCAGCUGGGAAACCUCUCCCUAAAGGGGUCCCCCUGCCGCCCCCGGAGCAGCCCGGAGAGCCAGCCGCAGAAGCAUAUACGGAGACCAACCUAUCAGACUGUGAAAACCCUCUGAAAUCCUCACCGAGCAACCAAAGGACCCCGAAGCAGCAAAAGCGCUCACGGGCAGCCUUCUCCCAUACUCAGGUCAUCGAGUUAGAAAGGAAGUUCAGUCAUCAGAAGUAUCUGUCUGCCCCGGAGCGAGCCCACCUGGCGAAGAACCUGAAGCUCACUGAAACCCAGGUGAAAAUCUGGUUCCAGAACAGAAGGUACAAAACCAAAAGGAAGCAAUUAGCCUCAGAACUCAGUGGACUUGAUCAGAACUCAGUUUUCCCAGUCCUUAAAGAAGAUGAUGUCUCCCGGGCCUCUCUGAUUUCUGUGUAUAACAGCUACCAAUACUACCCAUACCUGUACUACUUGAAUGGCUGGAGUCCCUCUUUGUGGUAACUACAGCUAAAGACUUCAGCUUUUCCAAAGAGCAGCUCUUUUUAUUUUUACUGUUUUUUUGCUUUUUCUAAUAAUGGGGGGGGGGGGGAAGCACUUCUGACCAUAUUUUCAGUGGGGCUGAGCACCCUGCAUGUCCUUUUCCCUUCCAGGGGACUUGCAAGGUUCUCGACGCUGCUACAAGUCUGGGAUAAUAAAUGCCAUGUUCUUUUUGUAUAGCACUUUCCACUGGUAGAUCUUACAGUGCUUUAGAAAAGAUUACAAUCUCCAUUCUGCCGAUGGGGAAACUGAGGUACAGAGCAAUGAAGUGACUUGUCCAAGGCCACCCAGCGGCAGAGCCAGGAACAGAACCCAGGUCCCUGAGUUACAGUCCAGUGCUCUAUGCGCUAUAGUGGAUGCCUCUUUCUCACUGAAAGUCAAUGUGACUUAGGGCUUGGCUACACUCAAAACUC